AUGCCCGUCCGAUGGACAAGCGAAAAUGAUCAGAUGUUGCUGAUCAAAUUCAUUGAGACCCAUGAAAUCAGCGUCGACACGAAGAAGAUCUCUGAUGCCUGGCCAGCUGAGAAUGAGGAGAACCGUCCUACUCCUCGAGCCAUCACUGAACGAAUCCAUAAGAUUCGAAGCCUCGCAAAAGCUGCUGCUGCCAAGAACGGCACUCCGACUCCCGCAACUCCUGCUUCUCGCAAGCGUGGAGCUGGAACCGGAGGAUCAAAGCCUAGCUCCAAGCGUUCUCGCACUGGUGGCUUGAAGAAGAAGGGCAUGAAUGGCGAAAAGGAUUCUCCCGGAACUCCAACUCCAGCAAACAAUGGAGGGCCAGUCAAAGAUGAAGCCAAUGAUGGAAACUUGAUUUCUAACGGACAGUUAGAAGAUGUUUUUCUUGCGUGGGAACCUUUGGGUAAACGCGUGAGGACUACCCCUGCCCUCCCUCUAGGGAUGGUUAAAUAUGAAAAAGAUACUGACGAUGAAGAUGGUAUGAAGUACGAAAGCAGCAUCAGCGAAUUUGCACCAGCGGAUGAUGAUGACAAGGAUGACGAUGAAUUUAUGGACGGGAUGGUCAAGGAAGAAGCCUAUUAA